AUGAGGCCCGCAGUAGUGCUCGCGCUCCUGCUGGUAGCCUGUCUGCUUUUGGAGGCUGAAGCCAGCAAGAAGAAGCUAAAGAAGCUCAUCCUGCUCAAGAAGCUCAUGAAGAAAGGGAAAAUCAUCAUCCCACUGCCCAUACCUGUGAAAAAAGGGGGCGGUGGAGGCGCCAUGAUGCACCUCAAGUCUCUACUCGGGAGCCUUGGAGGCGGCGGUGGUGGCGGCGGUGGUCAUGGAGGAGGAGGCGGCGGUCAUGGAGGCGGCGGCGGAGGUCACGGCGGAGGCAUGACCGAGGUGUGGAAGGUCGAGCUCAUCAGCAGUGGUGGCGGAGGUCAUGGCGGCGGCGGCGGUGGACACGGAGGAGGGGGCGGUGGUCAUGGCGGGGGCGGCUGGAUGGAUGGUGGCGGCGGCGGCGGCGGAUGGGACAUGGGAGGGGGCGGUGGAGGAGGUUGGUGA